AUGGGAAAUACAGAAAGUAAUGUGACAAGUGGUGUCAAGAAACAGGCGGGAGUUUCUACCCAGGCCCUAUAUAAAUUUGUCAAUCUGAAAGGCGGUGGUUUGCUGGUGGACAUGAUGAAGAGAGCUUGUCAAACUAAACAAUUCGCCGAAAUUGACCAUGCCAUUAAAACCAAAGUGGAACCGUUUCUCUAUAAUAAAGGAGCUGGUCGUUAUUUUCCAAUUUCGAAAAUGGUCCUCUUACGCAACAAAGAAAGAGCACGCACAAAACAAUUACCAGAAAUACGGGCUCUGGAAAAUCCCGAUGAAGAUUUCAAUAUACAUGACUAUUGUUCGGAAGUGUCAGAGGCGGAAUAUAUAUCAAAUCCGAGUGCUUAUCGUUUUGUUUGUUGGAAUUUGAAUGAAAGAGGAGCAGUUGGUGAAACAAUUUUACAUUUGUGCCUACUCAAUGCCUCCUCCCUGCAUGCGGAUUUGGCCAAGAGGUUGUUGAAAUUCUAUCCCAAACUUAUAAUGGACAUAUACUUGAGUGAUGAAUAUUAUGGCGAAUCUGUGCUGCACAUUGCCAUUGUGAAUGAAGAUCCGGCCAUGGUGAAAUAUCUUUUGGAUGCAGAUGCUUAUGUGCAAGAAAGAUGCUGCGGUGCCUUUAUGUCAGCCGAGGAUCAAAAACCCUCUCGCUACGAUUCCCCCGAUCAUGAAUAUGUGGGCGUUAAUCCCAUGACAAACUAUGAUGGCUAUGUCUAUUGGGGUGAAUAUCCCCUAUCAUUUGCCGCCUGCCUUUCGCAAGAAGAAUGUUUUCGUUUGGUUUUGGCUCGUGGCGCAGAUCCUGAUUGUCAAGAUACCAACGGCAACACGGUGCUGCAUAUGUUGGUGAUCUAUGAAAAAAUCGACAUGUUUGAUGUGGCCUAUGAAGUGGGGACCAACAUCCAUAUAAGAAAUGUACAAAAUCUGACACCUCUAACAUUGGCAGCCAAGUUGGGGCGAGUGGAGAUGUUUUUCCACAUUUUAAGUAUUGAAAGGGAAAUCUACUGGCAAUUGGGUAGUAUAACUUGUGCUGCAUAUCCAUUGUCGAAAAUCGAUACAAUUGAUGUUAAAACUGGAAAUAUCAACAAGGAUUCGGUUUUGAAUUUUGUGGUAUUUGGGGACAAAUUGGAACAUUUGGAGUUAUUGGAUGGUGUGGUCAUUGAUUUACUUAAAACGAAAUGGGAAACAUUUGUCAAGUCUCGAUUUUACAAACAGUUCUAUAUGUUCUCGUUUUAUUUCCUUUUCUCGUUGGUGAGUUUUAUUUCCCGUCCUGGGCCCAAAGUUGAUGAUGAUGAAGACGAUGAUGCUGGCAAAGAAGAUAAAACAAAUACUUCAGCGACAAAUGCUAGAUUGUUGUUUCCCACCACCACCUCCGCCCAUUCUAAUCGUAUAACUGGUAUUGACAAGUUACCGUAUAAAACCUUUUGGCUAAACUUUAGCGAAUACAUUGAUGAUGAUGGCAGUGCUGACAGUGGCCCUUCCUGGUGGGCUAGCUACGAGGAGUGUCCUUUGAUGAAUAUGGAAACGAAUUUGGCAAAGAUCCGCAUUGUGGCUGAAAUAGUUAUUUUCUUUGGAUCGAUAUUGUAUUUACUAUCAGCCCUUAGAGAGGCUAGAUUUUUGGGUUAUAAAAUGUUUGUGGAAAAUCUGAUGACAGCACCCUCUAGAGUAAUGUUUUUGUUUUCUUGCUGUCUGAUGAUGACCAUACCCUGGCUAAGGCUUUCCUGUCUCACCGAAUUGGAUGAUCAUGUGGCUGUGAUGAUAAUGCUUACCACAGCUCCUUAUUUUUUGUUCUUUUGUCGAGGCUUCAAAACCGUGGGACCCUUCGUGGUGAUGAUAUAUCGCAUGGUCAUGGGAGAUUUAAUACGUUUCGUUUCGAUAUAUUUGGUCUUUGUUAUGGGCUUCUCUCAGGCCUAUUAUAUUAUCUUCUUGACAUUCGAUAAUCCGGCGACACCAGAGGAAAUCGAUGACACUGGAACAAAUCCAAUGCCAUCGCCUAUGGAAUCUGUGGUAGCCAUGUUCUUGAUGUCCCUAACAAAUUUCGGUGAUUAUUAUGGUGCAAUGAGUUCUACCCAACAUGAGUAUGAAGCGAAAAUCUUAUUCUUCCUCUUCAUGGUAAUUGUAAGCGUCUUGCUGGUCAACAUGUUGAUUGCCAUGAUGGGUAAUACGUAUCAGAAGAUUGCGGAAAUUCGAAAUGAAUGGCAGCGCCAAUGGGCUCGUAUUGUUUUGGUGGUGGAGCGCAGUGUACCACCGGCAGAGCGUUUGAAAAAUUUCAUGCAAUAUUCCCAGCCAAUGUCGGAUGGACGUCGAGCUUUGGUGUUGCGUUUGAAUAUGAGUGAUGAGGAUAAGGAAGAAAUGAAAGAAGUCCAAGAAAUGAAACGCAUACAUCAACGCUUCUCGAAAAAACGCCAAAUGGAAAGAGAAGCCAGGGCACGUAAACGUCAAGAGGAAUAUGAAAAAUUCUUUGGGGCAACAUCAACGGCCGACAAUGAAAAUAAUAAUUUAUAA